CACAGCCUCAAUAAAGAGGAGCUCCGGUCCCCAGGAGCUGGACACCCCUGGUUCCCUCUCCACUCUGGUCUUUUAUUCCACAAGGGACUGGAGAGGAGUGUCCUUAAAGAAGGGUGAAUGUGCCAGCAGGUAGGCAGUGCAUAGCUGUAUGCCUAGCCACCAGUGGUACCCUCAAGACAGACAUGGCAGUACCCCUGGAGCUGUUUAACACCCCAGCUUCUAGUUUGAACUCCUUUGUGGCUCAGUGCCAGCACAACAUCAAAGAGUGGGAAGAAGGCGUGGUGAAGGCAGUGCGGACCGUGCAGAAGUUCCUGAGGAAGCAGCACUUCCAGGGGGACCAUGGGCUGGACCAGAAGGUGCUGAAGGUGAUCCAGGUGGGAUCCUUCGGGAAUGGCACGGCGCUCAGGAACCUCGUGGAGGUGGAGCUGGUGAUGUUCCUGAGCAGUUUUAGCAGCUUCCAGAAGGAAGCCAGCAACUACAGCCACCACGAGCAUGUUCUGAGCAUGCUCUAUAAAAAGCUCAUGGAUUGCCCAGAUCUGCUACACCUCCAGCCCCAGAACCUGAGGCUGGUCCACGGAGUCAUCUCUGCUGUCGCCUUCACCAUUCGGACCUGGGAGGUGGAAGAGCAAGUCACUGUCACCAUCGUGCCGGCCUACAGAGUCCUGAGUAAGGGAUCUUCUGUUCCCAACUUUCAGCCCUCCCCAGAGGUCUAUGUGAGACUGAUUGAGGCCUGCCCUAUUCUUGGACAUUUCUCCCCAUCCUUCAGCGAGCUGCAGAGAAACUUCGUGAAAUACAAGCCAACCAAGUUGAAGAGCCUCCUGCGGCUGGUAAAACACUGGUACCUGGAGUAUGUGAAAGCCCAGUGUCCUAGGGCGGAGCUGCCCCCAAUGUAUGCCCUUGAGCUACUGACCAUCUAUGCCUGGGAAACGGGUACUAAGGAGAGUGAGCGUUUCAGGUUGGACAAAGGCCUGGUCACAGUGCUGCAGCUGCUCAUAGAGUAUCAGCGCCUCUGCAUCUACUGGACCAAGUACUACACGUUGCAGAACCCGAUCAUUGAGGACUUUGUCAGAAACCAGCUCAAAGAAAAGAGGCCCAUCAUCUUGGAUCCGGCUGACCCCACCUACAACGUGGCAACAGGCUACAGAUGGGAUAUAGUGGCUCAGAGUGCCCGCUGUUGCCUGAAACAGUACUGUUGCUAUGACAUCCCCAACUGGAAACUGAAGUUUGCACGAGACGUCAAGGUGACAGUGGAACAGUGGGGUCAUGUGGAUUUCACCAUCCAGGUGAACCCUUAUGAGUCCAUACAGGAGUUUAAAGAGAAGAUCCAGUGUAAGCUGGAGUCCUCGGCCCCACAGCGUCUGUCCUUCCAGGAGCCUGGUGGGGAGCGACAGGUCCUCAGGAACAGCUCCUCCUUGGCAGAUUACAGUAUCUUCUCUGACACUCGCGUCUCUCUGCUGCAGACCUUCCCUCCCCAGAUGCAGGUCUUCGUGAAGAGUCACAGCGGUGGGAGCCACACCUAUGCCAUUUACGGCAGCAGCUUAGUCCUUGACCUGAAGCGUCAGAUUGAAGGGAGGGAGGGGCUGCUCAGAAAGAAGCAACAGCUAGAGCUCCAAGGCCAAGCCCUGCAGGACGAGUGCAGUUUGAGCUGCUAUGGUGUCCGAGACAGCACCACCCUCAUCCUCUCCAUAAAGACAGUUGGAUAGGUUCCGUUUCCACCCAGUUAGUUUCCUCUGAGACCUCUCCCGGUGCGUUUUUGCCGUUUAAUCUAGGUCUCAUCAAUUUCACCUAACCUUGCCAGUAGACAGAUGAUGAGGGAUAUGAGACUAGAUAUGCAAACCAACAAUGGCCAGAGCAUAUUCGACAACAGUAUUCUGACCCUCAAGCUCCGUAGCCACCAGCCUGGAAGCCAAACCAUAGUAUCAAUUAACUGGAAACCAGCGGGAUUUGGUCAACAACUACUAGAUUCUCUAUUCCCUCCCUUCCAAUUUAGGACUGAUGAAAGAAAGCCAAACAAGGUCGCUGACCAAUCAUAUAGGAUGCUCUGCUUCUAAGUAGCCCACCUCCAGCUUCCCAUGCAAACAACCUCAAUCAGAGUAUACCUGAAGCCUUCUCUUUAUGCCACUAUAAAGCUGUCUCACCACCCUCCUUGCCUUGGUGUCUCUGCCAAAGGCAAGGGAUGGUGGCUAACUCCCUGGCUAUAGCGAGUUGGGAAUAAAUAAUCUUCAUUUG